UCCUAUUGUUUGUAUUCAAAAAUAUCAGUCAUUGUUAUCUUAAUUAAAAGAUAUGGUUUACGCGUUUUGAAUUUAUAUAUCUAUGCUUAAAUAUAUUUUCAGGAUUAAACAUUAAUGUUUGUUAGCUAACUAUUAUAUUCUUCAAGCGUUAAAAGUAUGAAACUUAUUUUUGCAUUGCUAUCUCUUAUCAUUCCUUUGACAAUUGGCGAAUUCGCCUUAAAAGAUUGUAUUGCCCCUGUCGAUAAAGGAGGGUGUAAAGCCUCAAUUCCUGUUUGGAAAUAUGAUGUAUUCACUAGGACUUGUGUAGAAGUUUACUAUGGAGGAUGCAAUGCUACCAACAAUAAUUUUCGCAGUUUUGAGAAAUGUAUCAGUGUAGCAGGACGAAUAUGUAGACCUUUUUAGUUUUUUAGGGACAAUUAUUUGUGAUUAAAGUAGGUAUCUCAAUUAUAGUGGA